UGUCUCAUUAUUUUCAACUGUGAAUGAAUUUUGGUAGUAAAAAGAAGCAUUGCUCUAUGUUGAAAAUAUUUAGUUUUGUAUUUCUUUAAGAUUAAUUGUAAAACCAGACGGAAAGUCAUAAAAAAUGGGGACAGAAAAAAACGAAGUUGUUGCGGAAUCAAGUGAAGAUAAUAGUGGAAUUGCGCACACAGGAAACGGAAGAAUUUCAAAUUCCCUAUUUGUAAGACCGAACGCAUCUCCUGGUUACUGGCUGUGUUUGCUACUUCCACUUGCCUUUGCAUCAAACUUAAUACAUGAAAACAAAUGCAAUACGCAAGUUUCCACGCAACCCAUGCUCACAAUUGCCGCAAUAGGUAUGAGCAUAGAUACCCUCUGCUUGUUUCUAUAUAUGUUCUGCAAGACGGGUUUGCUGCUGAAACUAUUUAUUUCAUUUGUACCUGGCUUUAUUACCACAAUAUUAUACAAAGUUUUAUUGCAACAGUCCUGGAGCUAUGGACUAUUUUGGGGCUUUAUCAUAACCUUCAUUUAUCAGAAGUCUUAUAUUCGUGUGCUACGUGGAUUACCAGGUUGUUUUAGUUUUGGAGAGGCAUCUAUACUCGUUCAGGGGUUGAUGCUUUUCCUAUUAAAUGUAAUUUUAAAGUUUUUCACUUUAUUGCUGAAAACUGAAAACAGGAGUACUUUUGAAGAUCUAAAUAUUAUAAUGAUGUGUGCACUAACCUAUCUUCUUGUGGUCUGUGGGUUACUAUCGGCUGCCAAAGUUCUACGUGGGCCUACCUACUUUUAUGCUUUAAUGUUUAUUUUAGUUAUAGGCGUAACAUCCACUCCUAUAACGGAUCCAGUGCCUAUAAUUUUCUUAUUGAAUUUUAUAUUACAAGACCAAGUCAGGGUAUACAUAGUUGUUUUCUACGUAAUAAUGGUGUUGUUGACAUUUUUGACUGUGUGGUGGCAAAUUGGCAAUGAGGAAAAAGCUUCCACAAGAAUACGAAAAAUAUUUCAUGUCCUUAUUGUGCUUGUGUUCAUACCUGGAAUAAUUUAUCAAUGUAGUUUUCUAUAUAUUGCUACUGGAGUAGCUUUGGCAAUUUUUACUGUGUUUGAACUAAUUCGUGUUUGCAACAUACCGCCUUUGGCUAUACCUUUGCGCAGAGCAUUUGCAUCAUUCUCCGACGAGAAAGAUGCUGGUUUACUCGCUUUAACACCUUUCUGUCUGCUUAUUGGCUGUUCCAUACCUCUUUGGAUAAGCUCUUGCCCUUGUGGGGAAAAUGAGUAUACGAAUGACAAUUCCCGAUUACUUUCAAUUUUAGCUGGAGUUCUGACAAUUGGAUUCGGCGAUACUGCUGCCAGUGUGGUUGGUUCGAAAUUUGGUCGCAUUAAGUGGCGUAGCUCGAAAAAAUCUUUGGAAGGCACUUUAGCAUUUAUGGUGAUGACUUUUUUGGCAACAAUGUUUUUAAACUAUUUUGGUUACACUAAAUUGUCACCUAUGAAGUGGUUUAGCACAUCAAUAGCAAUAACAACAACUUCUUUAGUUGAGGCGCAUACAGAUCAAAUCGAUAAUUUAACCCUUCCCCUAAUAUUUUAUAUAAUUGUGAAUAUAUUUUAAGAUUAACUACCGUCUUGACUGAAAAGUACAUAGAAUUUAUUUUAGUUAUGUAUAAAACUUUUGAAUAUGUAUUUUAUAAAGAAUCAAAAGGAAACUGAAACUGUUUUUAGAUAAGAAAGUUUUAGUCAAAUAAACUGCAAAGUCAAAAUUUUGCAAAGAAAAUUAUUUUUACGUAUGAACUAAUACAGUACUUAUAUAUAUACGGUUUUAAAUUGAUCGUAUGUCAUGUAUACCCCACCAUAAUAACUUUUUUUCCAGCCUUUUUCUCUCUAUUCCCUAUACGGGUAAUGUAGUAGAUGUCAGGAAUUCAAAACAUUAAUGUUCGAAGCAGAAACUGUAUCGGGUUUGGGAAACACUAAAACUAAUUUUAUCAGAAUCAAAGCAAGAAUAUAGUCGUUAACAUAUUUAAAAUGUAAGUUAAGAAAAUAAUUUAUUUUAUUUUUAUAAAUUAACCUAUUUCUAUAGGGAAAAAUAUAAGAAUAGAACAGAAAAUGGUAUAAUUAUUGAGUUAAUGGAAAAUAAUUCAUAUAUUUUAAGGAAUUUAUAUAACGUAAUUUAACACGAAAAAAAUGCAUCUAUAUUUAUUCGAUAAUGUAUUAUAAAUCUGUAAAAUAAGCAAGUAAAUACAUACAAGAAUACAAGUAAACGCAACUAAAAUUCACUUACGAUUCCCCUCGGACAUCUAGGGGAUUACUACGAUAUCUUAAAA